GCCUGAACAUGGCUGACACUCCCCCUCUGUCCUUCUCCUCCCUUGGCAUGGGUGGCAUCACUUGCUUCUUCCUACUCCUGUCCCGCUGGCUGCCCCUCAUUCUGUGUGGGUCCCCGUCUUCCCAGCCUUCUUGCACGGCCCACUUCCUCUCUCUUCUUGGGUGGUCUCCCCAGUCUGGUGGCUUUGCCGACUGCUUUAGGGUCUUGGGGCUGCCGUAAGCAAGUGCCAGUCCCUGGGCGGACAGGCACAACAGGAAUAGAUUCUCUCGGGUCCCAGUGGCCACACCUGGUGUGGGGACCACGCUCACUCUGGAGGCUCAAGCCUUCUGCCACCUGCUGGCUCUGAGCAUGCCCCAGUCAGCCUGAUUCACAGCCGUCCCCCCUCUGUCAGGUCUUCCUCUCCGUGCUCUGAGAGGACACCAGUCACGGGCUCCAGGACCUCCCGCCCUCCAGGAAGAGCUCAUCCCGAGAUCCGUAAUAAUUACAUCUGUGAAGACCCUGUUCCAGAUAAGGCCACAGGACGGGCUCCUCACUGUCUGCCUCUCGCCGGGACAUGUGGCUCUGCACUGCCAGUGGCUCAGACACCACUUGCUUUUGAGUCAAGAUGAUUUGAUGCUUUAUAAUAAAACUCAUUAACCAUGAUGGCAACACAGACGUUAAGCAUAGACAGCUAUCCAGAUGGGCAACAAAUGCAAGUAGUAACAGAGUUAAAAACGGAGCAAGACCCCAACUGCUCUGAACCGGAUGUGGAAGGAGUGAGCCCCCCGCCUGUGGGGUCCCAGACGCCCAUGGAUGCAGACAAACAGGCCAUUUAUAGGCAUCCACUAUUUCCAUUAUUAGCUUUGUUGUUUGAAAAAUGUGAACAAUCCACGCAGGGCUCAGAAGGCACAACUUCUGCCAGUUUCGAUGUGGAUAUUGAAAAUUUUGUAAGGAAGCAGGAGAAGGAAGGAAAACCCUUCUUUUGUGAAGACCCGGAAACUGACAAUUUAAUGGUAAAAGCAAUCCAGGUUUUGCGUAUUCAUCUUCUUGAGCUGGAAAAGGUUAAUGAACUCUGCAAAGAUUUCUGCAGUCGAUACAUUGCUUGUCUAAAAAAAAUGAACAGUGAGACUCUCCUGAGUGGAGAACCUGGAAGCCCGUACUCCCCUGUCCAGUCCCAGCAGAUUCAAAGUGCCAUCACAGGCACCCUCAGCCCCCAGGGAAUCGUGGUGCCAGCUUCCGCACUGCAACAGGGAAACGUAACCAUGGCAACCGUGGCAGGUGGCACAGUUUAUCAGCCUGUCACAGUUGUGACUCCUCAAGGUCAAGUAGUGACACAGGCGCUGUCGCCUGGUACAAUAAGGAUCCAGAACUCCCAGCUUCAGUUACAGUUAAACCAAGACCUGAGCAUCUUGCAUCAAGAUGAUGGCUCCUCGAAGAAUAAGAGGGGGGUCCUGCCGAAGCAUGCCACCAGUGUGAUGAGGUCCUGGCUCUUUCAGCACAUUGGGCAUCCCUACCCAACAGAAGAUGAGAAAAAACAGAUUGCUGCUCAGACAAAUUUGACACUACUCCAAGUGAACAACUGGUUCAUCAAUGCUAGAAGACGGAUUCUUCAGCCCAUGUUGGAUUCGAGUUGUUCCGAAACUCCAAAAACAAAGAAGAAAACUGCUCAGAACAGGCCGGUUCAGAGGUUUUGGCCCGACUCCAUCGCGUCAGGAGCCGCACAGCCGCCGUCCGGUGACCUCGCCAUGUCGGAAGGCGCCGUCGUGACGAUCAGCACGCCGGUGAGCAUGAAUGUGGACAGCCUCCAGUCCCUGUCCUCGGACGGGGCCACCCUGGCGGUGCAGCACGUCAUGAUGGCGGAGCAGAGCGAGGACGAGUCGGUCGACAGCCCGGGGGCCGGCGGGGCCGCGCUCACCCCCGCCCACAUCAGCGGGCUGGUCCUGGAGAACAGCGACUCGCUGCAGUAGGACCGGCGGCCAGGACCCGGCGGCGGGCCUGGCUUUCGACAGUUUGCACAGCAAACAUUUUACACGGUUUUGUUUCUACCCUGUUUUAUAUGUAGAUAUAGAAGCGUGCACUUUUGUAUUUCACGGUGAGCUUUGGGAGCGUCUGUGCAGAGCGGCGAGUUCUCUCACGUUGUGUGUGUGCGUGCGUGUGUGGGGGGCGGGGGGCUUCAAGGAAAUUCUUUAAAGGUUUAACGCUAAAAAUGUGAUGAAUGACAGACACCCCCGUGAGCCCCUCAUUAGCUGAAGGAAUAGUGUUGCCAUUUUUCUAAAAAAUUAUGCAGUUUUCAUUGAGUUCCGUGGUUUAAGCAGGUUUCAGUGGGCUGAUCUGUUUGUGUGGCCCAUGGAUUUGAAAGAAGCUGCUGCGCUGGUGCGGGGUGGGUGACAAGGCGUGACAACAAACUGAGUGACUCGUGGCAAAUUUACAGCAAUCUAAACACAGUCAAGUUCUCUCCUAUUCAGUGAGCCCUGUUUCGUUGGCUAUCUAUAAAAAGAAACUCCUAUUUUUACCUUGCUGGAAUUAUUGGAAUAAAAGCUAUUUUAUAAAUUCGUGAUGAAUGGACUAUACUAUAUUGAGGAUGAAAUUUCUAGAGAAGAAACCAUACUGCUUACUAUUUCCAUUUGGAGUGUUCUGAAUUGACCAAAUUUAAUGAACUUGCCUGCCCUAAGUUCGCUAGGGUAGUACUUUGCAUUUACUACUAUAAAAGAAACAACUAUUUAAUGAAAUUUGUAUCUUAAAAUUUUGGUUUCUAAGUAAAUGCUCAGAUUGCAUUUUACACUUGAUCUAAACAUGUAUCUAAAGACAUUUGCUAAAUAGGACUUAGGUAAGUUAAGUGAAAUGGUAGCCAGAUAUCAGUCAAAAGCUCUUACCAUACAUAUUUCAGUCUAAUUUAAAUUUGACUACAGUUCGAUGGUGACUAUACCAAUGUCAGCUGUGUAUUGUUUUAGAAUUUUUUAGUCAGCCAUGUUAUGCAUAGAAUGUUUAUUAUAAACUCAUAUAAAAUGUUCUGUGUCCCAUUGGCUCAGGGCUAGGGUAUAACAAACAUUCACUUGGUCACAUAAUUGACAGAUAUCCAUGAAGUGACCAAACGCACGGGAUGGUGCUGAUGGAGUGACACGGAUUCUCGUGUGCGGGCUAUACUCGUGGCUCUCAGUCCCAGGGUCCACGCUUUCUCCUCGUACACGUUGCUCUGGAAUUCCCGGAGCCCGCCUCUGACUCGGUCACACGAGAUGCGGAAUAGUGUUAGGACUUCCAUUUCCUGGUGACAAGAGGAACCAAAAGCGCAGACUGGUUUUGUUUGCUUGGGUUGGUUGGUUUUCAUCUAUUCACUUGUGGGUGGGGCUUUUUCUCUGAGGAAACGGGGGCACCUUGUUUCAUAGAGAAGGGCUUUAUAUAAUCUUAACUGGGGUACCCGGACGCUCGGCGUGUCUCUAACGGAUGGUUUCAUGGUUUGGGAAGGUCACCAGUUCUUGCGAUUCUACAAUAGUAAUGAGUUCUGGACCCAGGUUACUUUGAGGGAUAUUUGAGCUAGUGCAGAAUUUUUUCUGGGACUGACUUCUCCUUCAAAAUUUAUUAAUUAAAGUUUAAUCCUAGGAAAGUCCUUCCGAGAUAACUAGAAGACAGCAAGAAAUAAUAGACAUUUCUUUUAAAACAUUUCAGCUUUAAAAGAAAAACUUGACUAUCAACUCUUUAGGGAGAGAAUAAACAUUCUUCAGCAGGUAUUGAAUUCCUUAUUUAUAAAGGUUUUUAAUAUUUUAAGUCUACACAAGUAUGAAAGAUCAUUUUAGCUUUACUUCAGACUGUUGGAUGUUUUAAGAGUAGGACCUGUGGAAGCCAGCCAGCCCUCCCCUUCUCUCCUCCCUCCCCUCCCUUCAGGUUGGUGAAAACAUUCUUAGAACGUGGCUCCUCAUAGGCCUUCUUCCCCCAGCAGAAGCCAAGCCCACUGGAGCGGCCAGUGGUUAGCUGAGGCUGCACAAUCCAUGUCGGGGUUACCCCCCCCCCCCCCGCUGGCCUGAGACUCCACCUUCUGUGCCCGGUGACAUUGGUGUGUGCCCUGCAGCCCAAGUGGGUGUCCUUAAGCUCCAGGGUGUUGCUGCAUUCAGAGUAGGGUAAAGGUCAUUUAGAGAGAGGACACCUGUGCACGUAGCCUGAGGUUCCUUUAACCGCUCCCCAGUAACCACCCGACUGACCACCUGACGCGGCAAGCUGUCAAGGGUUGCUAAACCGCCGCCCAGCACAUUUGCUGUCAGUUUGCACCUUAUGAAUCCCCAUUUUCCUGCCCUCGGACAUCUGAGAGAAUCUGAGUACAGCCCACUGUGCUUUCAUUGUCCCCAAGCAGAUCCCAUUGGACUUCGUUCUUGUUAGGUUCUUUCCUGAUCAUGAAGGACGCUUUUGAAUGUGUUGUGAGCCCCGAGGGCAGCACGCUGGUGUGUGCGCUGCUCAGCUGACCGCAGGUAGCGGACGGCUUUGCCAAGCCCAGCGAGCCCCCUGAAGGACGCACCCAGCUCCGUCUUUUGGUUCCAGGUAGCACAGCAGGUUUAAGCAUCUCUCCACGUGCAAAGGAGAGUGAGCAUGGCGCCAGCUUGUUCAGACCACAGAGCAGCGAAGCUCAAAUCUCACCCCUGGAGCUUCGGGAGUCUGUUCUGUGUUACCUGCCGGGUGACCCGACUCUGACCUGUGUGACAAAGUGUUGGAGCACUUUUUUCUUUUAGACAAACCACACAUACUCGGAAGGUGUGAAAGGCCUAUCUCUGGCAGUUAGUGACAGAAAUUACUCAGUAAUCUUCCUUUGUUUUAGUUGUUUGGUCUAUGAACUGACAAUCUUUAAAAUGUGAAUACUGUAACAAUAUGUUUUCUUGGAUUGUUGUCUUUAAAAGGGAUUUUUGUGAAGCAAUUGGUUUAUCAAAGCAGAAAAAUUAAAAAUAGAAACAAGCCUUAUGGAUGUUUUAUUUUCUAAAGCUCAUGUCACCACAAGCUGCUUUUCUGUUUCAAGUAAAACAUUCAGAUUGUUGACGUGUUUUGCUGGUGACACUUAGGGUCCAUAGUGACCCCCGUACAUUUUAAAAAUGAGGAUUGCACUGCAUGGCGGCCUCCAGAGCCAUUCGUUUUUCAAGAAUCGCAGAUUACUUCAGUUAGUCCUUGGUUUCCCAGGGAAAAAUUAGAACAUUUUUAUUUGCUUUUUUAUUGUAUUUUAUCAUAAAUCUCUUUGACAUUAAUGAGAAGAAAAUGAUUCCUCAGUGAGCCAUCGCCUUUCCUGGGUCACGUUGUAAGCGAGGCCGUCGCUGGACACCCUGGAGAGGGGCGCUGGGACAAGUCCAGAGUGGUGUCUUCUUUGUGGUCAGUGUAUGGACUUUGUGCUCCAAACUGUGUGCUCCCGGGCCACCGUGAGUCCGCAGACUCGAGUGUUUUCUAAAAGUGUACCUGAAAUUGUCAAUCUUGCUGGAGGCUUGGCUCCCAGCUGUGAAGUGUAUUGUUUCAGGAAAAGUUCUGAUUGAUUUGAUAGAAAGUGAGUCACUAUGUUCUCUCUCCAACUCUGUAGGUCAGAGGUGAGAGGGUGGGCAUGAAUUUUAACCAGGUGAGACCUCGGCCCAGCCCUUGACCGGCACCUCCAGGCUUCCAGUGCUUUGUUUAAUAAAAGGGAAGAAAUUGGUUUAUAUGGUUUAUUCUAGUUCAAAAGUACUAUUUAUGAAUAGUGGAAUUCUGGUCUCUAGAGAGAGAUGAGUAAAUAAGUAAUGAUCCAGCAAAUCCUGAAAAUAAGAAAUAUAUUUGGAUUAAAUGUUUAGUGUUCACAUUUUGUUGCAUUUUGCAGAUGUCCUUAAUAACGUAGAUUAUGUUUGGCCUACAUGCGUUGCUGGAUACACUCUAAGGAGAAAUUCUUAGCAUAAACGAUUUUUGCCCUUUUACAAUUAGAUCCUCUUAAACCUUCAUUGAGACCUAAGAUGUGUGUGCUAUUUUCUAACUGAAAUUUGCGAAACUAUAGCACUGUAUCGUCUAGAUACACGUGACUUAACACAGUGCGUGCUGGUCUGGGAGGUGGGGCUGUGGGCCCUGGGCCGGCUGUCCAUCACGCGGCCCCGGCCAGGGCUGGCUCUGCACAGAGAGGGUCCCCGCAAGGUCUCAUCCAGCUCUACCCUUCUUAGUCUAUAGAGGACUAGUUAGUGUUGUUAACUGAAUAACUUAGUAGGUGUUUUACAUAUAGAUAGUAUGUGGAAGGCAUUAUUUUGCACAGAGGUUUGUUUUUUCUCUCAUGAUUUAAAUGAACCCAAGACUUCAGCCUGUAAAAGCCAACGAUGGCUUUGGCACAAACCAGGAGUCCUCUUAUCCCACCGCGUUUGACAGGAACCUUUAAUGAUGUUGAUGGCUUUAGUUGCUUAGACACUUUUAGGAAAUGGCUGGUAGAUAAAAUCAGGUAUAUUUUUAAAACAUUUUGCUGUAUGUCAACUCGUGUUUUCCUGAUAUGAUCUCUACACAGCAUCCAUGUCAGAGUAAACUGUGAAUCCCUUAGUGGCUUAUGCUCUGGCCAUGUUAGUGUAGCCCCGAGUUUGCAAACCAGAAGGUUGUGCCAGAGAACAGCCAGGGGCUGGAGGAAAUGCUCGACGAAUCGAGCCAGAGAAGCCGGGAAGCUGCGUUUCCAGAAGCCGUGGCUGGAGGCACCUGGUGGCUCAGAUAAGAGCAGUGCAGAGGAGUGGGGUAGGGACAGAGGCCGGCUCUCGGGUGACAGAAGGAGAUGAUGUGGGAGCUUGCCUCUGUUGCUUGGGGUGAGGACGACCUUUGAAGACCCCACGUGCGUAGGUGAGAGGGCAAAACUUUGGUGGGUUUGGCCAGACCCAGAGGACGGGUUCCUGUUCCGUGAAGGAUGCCAUGGACUGUUCAGUGGGUGACAACCUGAGAAGUCCUUUUCCCUUGUUUAACAGCAAAAGCUGACAGGGAGUUCCUACUUAGGAUUAAGUGGGGAUUCCUGCACAUCAACAAGAAAAAGACUGGAUAUCAAGAGAAAAAUGACAGGAUAUUCACUGGAUAUAAGGAAAACCCAAAAGGCCAACAAGCACUUGAAGAAGUGCUGCGCCCCCAUAAUCACAGAUGCAUAAAUUAAAACCACUUUCUUAGGCAAAAGUUGGGAAGGGGCACCGCGUAUUUGUGGAGGUGGGAGCCUGCUGCUGCUGGUGGAGUCCUAGCUGACGGCACUUAAGGAAAUGGCACUGUGCUCGGGUCCUGCAGCCUUGGCCAGAGCACUCAGGGUCACGUGGGGUCCCACAGAGAUGUCCGGGGCAGCACAUCUCUUUUGACAGUGGGUUGUUUUCCCCUUGUUCAGU